AGAAUAGAGGAAGAUCACAAGGAAAACAACAAAGAAACAGUAGAGGGAAAUGGCAAAGCAGGGGCAAAAGUCGGGGGAGAUCAUCAGAUGGCCGGAAACCUUCUUAUACCUGCCACCAUUGCGGUAUAGAGGGUCACAUGAAGAAGAAUUGCUACAAAUUGCUAGAGGAGCGAGGCAAGAGCAAUUCUCAAGCGAAGAGCAAGGGUGGUGAAGCGCUCAUCACAAUCUCAGGUGAUGUGGCGUAUUGUACUAUCAAUGAUGAAACAUGCCUUCACGUCUCAAGAGAGGACACUGAAUGGGUGGUAGAUACUGCAGCAUCCUACCAUGUUACUCCCCACAGGUACUACUUCACAACUUACAAAGCUGGAGACUUUGGAGCAGUGAAGAUGGGCAAUUCCAGUUCAUCUGAAAUAGCUGGAAUUGGUGAUGUACAAAUAAAGACGAGUUCUGGGAGCACAAUCACGUUGAAGGAUGUCAGACAUGUUCCAGACCUUCGUCUCAAUCUCCUGUCAGUGGUAUGUCUUGACGAACAGGGGUAUGAAAACCACUUUAACAGGGGCACCUGGAAAAUGUCAAAGGGCGUUUUGACAAUCGCUCGAGGACAUGUUUGUGGCACAUUGUACAAAACUCAUUUGAGGAUUUGUACGGAUAGCCUCAAUAUUGCUGAGGAGACUACUCAGAAUCUGUGGCAUCUGAGGCUCGGCCACAUCGGUGAGAAAGGGCUGACUACCUUGAUUAAGAAGAACCUUAUCAACAUCGACAAGAAUGCUGCACUGGGUCCUUGCAGUCAUUGUCUGUUUGGUAAGCAUCAUAGAGUAUCAUUCAGUUCUACUUCAGCUAAAAGAUCAGAGUUGUUAAGUUUGGUACACUCCGACGUCUGUGGUCCUUUCGAGGUGGAAUCAAUCGGUGGAAGCAGAUAUUUUCUGACUUUUAUUGAUGAUGCUUCUCGGAAAGUGUGGGUGUAUUUCCUGAUUACGAAAGAUCAGGUAUUUGAGUGCUUCAAGACAUUUCACGUCUUGGUGGAACGUGAAACGGGAAAGAAGCUGAAAUGUCUCCGAUCUGAUAAUGGAGGCGAGUAUACUUCUAAGGCGUUCGAUGCAUAUUGUAGAGAAUAUGGCAUUCGACAUGAGAAGACAGUACCACGCACCCCUCAGCACAACGGCGUUGCUGAAAGAAUGAACCGGACUAUCAUGGAGCGUGUCCGGAGCAUGCUGAAUAUGGCUAAGCUUCCGAAGUCAUUCUGGGCAGAAGCAGUCAACACCACAUGCUACCUUAUCAACCGAUCACCUUCGGUACCACUGAACUUUGAAGUUCCAGAGAGGUUAUGGACAGGUAAGGAUCCUACAUACUCACAUCUUAGAGUAUUUGGCUGUUCAUCAUAUGCACAUGUAUCCAAAGAGCUCAGGCAGAAGCUCGAUCCAAGAACUAUCCCAUGCAUUUUCGUUGGCUAUGGAAAUGAAGAGUUUGGAUACAGGCUAUGGGAUCCUAAGGAGAAAAAGGUGUUCAGAAGUAGGGAUGUUGUGUUCCACGAAGAUUUGACAAUAGAAGACAUUGAAAAACCCACAAUGUCUCGGAAGUCAAAUGAGGGUGUUCAAGUUUCAAAUGAAGCACCAGAAGAGGACAAAGUGCAUGAAGAUAACUCAGAAACAGAAGAAGGCGAGGAGACAGAAGAGAGUGCAGAGCAAGGGGAGACACAAUCCACCCCGCCAGACACAGAUGAUGGUAGCUCUUCUCAGAUGGUUCCUACUGUUCGUAGAUCUGAACGAGGGUAUAUACCAUCGACAAGGUACACAUCAUCCGAAUAUCUUUUGUUAACUGAAGAUGGAGAACCGGAGAGUUUUCAAGAAGCUGUAUCUCAUAAGGAUAAAGAAAAAUGGCUAAUAGCAAUGCAGGAUGAGUUAGAAUCUCUGCAGAAAAAUCAAACUUAUGAGAUCGUAGAACUUCCUAAAGGGAAGAAGGCACUAAGGAACAAAUGGGUGUUCAAGCUGAAGAAGGAUGCAAGCGGACAAGUGGUGAAACACAAAGCUCGGUUGGUUGUCAAAGGGUUCCAGCAGAAGAAAGGAAUUGACUUUGAUGAGAUCUUUGCACCAGUUGUCAAGAUGACCUCAAUCCGAGUUAUUCUUGGCUUGGCAGCAAGUAUGAACUUGGAGCUUGAACAGAUGGAUGUGAAGACAGCAUUUCUUCACGGAGAUUUGAAAGAAGAAAUCUACAUGCAGCAGCCGGAAGGUUUUGAGAACUCAAAUGAUAACUUUGUGUGUAAGUUAUCUAAAAGUUUGUAUGGCUUGAAGCAGGCACCAAGGCAGUGGAAUAAGAAGUUUGACUCAUGCAUGAAGAGUCAAGGCUACAAGAAGACUACUGCAGAUGAGUGUGUAUACAUCAAGAAACUUCCAGACGGUACCUUCAUUGCUCUUCUACUAUAUGUAGACGACAUGUUGAUCGUUGGGAAAGAUGCAGUGAAGAUAAACCAACUGAAGAAAGAACUCUCUAAGUCUUUUGAUAUGAAAGACUUAGGACCGGCUCAACAGAUUCUUGGGAUGCAGAUCACUCGAGACAGGAAGAAUCGCAAGUUAUGGCUAUCUCAGGAGAAGUACAUUGAACGAGUACUUGAGAGAUUCAACAUGAAUGAUGCCAAGCCAGUAAGUGUUCCACUUGCGAAUCACUUCAAGUUGAGCAAAAGAACAUGCCCUACAUCCAAGGAAGAGAUCGGGGAGAUGUCAGCAGUUCCAUAUUCUUCAGCAGUUGGGAGUUUGAUGUACGCCAUGGUAUGCACAAGGCCAGACAUCGCACAGGCAGUGGGUACAGUGAGUCGUUUUCUCUCUAACCCCGGGAAGGAGCAUUGGGAGGCAGUCAAAUGGAUUCUCAGGUACUUGAAAGGUACCACGAAGUUAUGUCUUUGUUAUGGAGGAGCUGAUCCAGUCUUGGAAGGCUACACAGAUGCUGAUAUGGCAGGAGAUACUGAUAGUAGAAAGUCUACUUCAGGAUAUAUCUACACUUUUGCAGGGGGAGCCGUUUCUUGGCAAUCAAGAUUGCAGAAGUGUGUCGCUUUAUCUACUACAGAAGCAGAAUACAUUGCUGCCGCUGAAGCAGGUAAGGAAAUGUUGUGGCUAAAGCGUUUUCUCCAAGAACUUGGGAUCCAGCAGAAAGAGUACAAGGUACAUUGUGACAGUCAGAGUGCUCUAGACUUGAGCAAGAAUUCUAUGUACCAUUCUCGUACAAAGCAUAUUGACAUUCGGUAUCAUUGGAUACGGGAGACGAUUGAUCAACAACUGUUGAGACUAGUGAAGAUCAAUACAAAGGAGAAUCCAUCAGACAUGCUGACGAAGGUGGUAACACGAGAUAAGCUAGAGCUAUGCAGAGACAUAGUCGGGAUGCUUGUUUUGAAUAUGCCUGGAAGGGGAGAAUUGAAGAAUUCAAUUUCCAGGUCAUAUCCAAGUACAAGCAAAUUGAAGAAUCCAAUUCCUAAUGUCCCUGAAGUUUCCUCCAUGUGCAAGAAUGACAAAGGGAUCUUCCAUACACCUAGGAGUGACCUUCCUUCCAACCACCAUUGAAGCUUCCUUCCACCUUCAUAGUACCUAGUUUUGGUGCUAUAAAUAGAGAGCUUGGAGAGUCUUUCUAUCAUCAAGUAAAUUAGAAUAGAUCAUCAUAGCACAACCAAGAAGAGUUGUGAAUAUCCUUGAGAGAUAUGUGAG